AAAUUAGGAUUAUUGUGAAAAAAAGCAAGUAAUUUUUCCAAAACAUAUAGAUUUAUUAUAUUGUAUUAUAUUUUUUAUUUUAUAGAUUUACUUUAUUUUAUUUAUUUUUUCUGGGGUCUAUUUGACCCCACAAUGCAUAAUAAGGGUUAACGAGGAACUUAACGCACAUAUAUAGAAAUCUUUGUGCAAAUUUUUCCAAUAUUUUUGAGCUUCAAAGUUUAGUUGUAAAGAUACAGAAAUGUUCCUCGAAAUUUUCGUUAACAGAGCAAACUCGCGUUCAAAACAUACAAGUUAUAGACAAAUAUUUACUUUAACUGACAAAGCGUUGUCUGACAGGCUAAUUUACGCAUAAAACAUUAACUCUGAAAUUUCUUUAUCAUUUCUUUAUCAUAUAUCGAGUAAUACUCCAAUUCGUUGUCGCACAUAUUUUUAUUGUGUAAGAGCGUUUGUAAUUCUACGCAGUCAAUACCAUGUAAACUUUGCAGAAAAAAAUCAGCAUUGCGUCGAUAAAAAUUUCGACUCCGGAAUAGCAUCCCCUUAAAAGGAUACCGAAGUGGAUGACGAACUCGAAAAAUGUCGAUGACGUAGUGGCGAUCGUCACUAACACGAUCAUACUAUCAUUUUCUUGUAGAUAUAGAUAUUUCUUGUAAAUCUUAUAUAAUAUGUUUUAUCUAGCAGGAAACAUAACCACGCAUAUAUAGAAAUCUUUCUGUAAAUUUUUGUAUAUUUUUGAGCUUCUUGAAAUUCAGUUAGUAAGAAUAUAGAAAUGUGCCUUGAAAUUUUCGAACGAGGCAAAUAUACGCGCGUACAAACUGUAGAACUUUUGCAUCAAGUAUAAGUAUUUACGCCAACUGUCAAUUCGUAAUAUCAAUAUUAAAAUUAUCAUUUUUAUCACGUAUUGAGCAAUAAUGCUCCAAUUCAUCACUGCGCGUGCUUUCAGUACAUAAAAGCCAAUCGUUUAUGUUAUAUUGGUUGCAGAGGAUUACAAAUCCUCCUACGACGUAAACUUUGCAGAAAAGAGUCACUAUUCCGGGCGGUAAAAGUUCUCAAAUAUGGCAUUUUCUUAAUGAACUUUAUAAAAAAAUCCGGAGUACGCGAGCGGGGAGAGGGAGAAAAAGGAGACCCGCGUUUAUGACGAUAACGAUAUCAAAUCACUGUUUUUCGCGAGUAGAGACUUUCUAGUUAGAGUCCUGGCAUCUCAGUCCUGCUGUUUGAUUGGUCUAGUUUCUAAAGUGAUCGGAAAUGGCGGAAUGAAGGUUUAUUCAGAUAAAAGUAUUUCAUUUGAAGAGAUCUUUAUUUAAAACAGAAAUUGCACAUAACUAUAAUUGGACGUAACAAUAUUUUGUUAAUAAAAUAAACAUUUGAAAGGACGGGAAAUAGUUGUUUACGUGUAGCAUACAUUGCCAUGUUCUUACUGCUAGAUACUUUCGACUUUCGUUGUAAUGAUACGUAACGAUAUCAAUCCAUAAUGCUCGCUUCUCAUAUUUUGUUGGCACAAUCGCCAUACAAAUUUCUUUAUUACUUUUAUUUUUAUAAUUUUGCACGCAACCAAUAAUCAUAUUUACAUUUUAUAUAACGCCACACAUCGCGCUGAUAAAAAUUUCUUGUGGAGGUUAUCUAUGGAUAUACUGAAAUAGAGACGUUAUUUUCGAUUAUUUUAUAAUGAUAAAAUUAGGGAAAAAGAUGUUUUUUUUUUUUUAAAUAGAAUUUGAAAUAUUAUGUAUCGUAAAAUGGAUGACUUUGGGACUGAUGUGGUGACUUAUCUUGUAUAGAUAGGUGUAUAUAAAUUUGGUAGCAACUUUAUCAUUCCUUUAUACUCAAAAAAUGGACUUAUUAUAUCUAAAUUAUAACGAAAAUCAUUUGAUUAUAGAUGUGAUGUGCUUAUAGAGAUUCUGACUAUAGAGGGUCUCUAUCUGCGAGCGAAGUGGAGCGCCGACUUCUGUGCUUAUCCCCUCCCUUUCCCCCUCUCCUCCUCUGCCGCCCUUGAGCCACGGCACGGAAAUCUGUCGUGUGCGCGCGACAGUAGCUCUAAUAAAUAACCAGAAAGUCACGUGCGCCGCGGGUAUAAAUUCGCGCGCUCUCCGUGGCCGAGACUUUUGCGUAACUACGCGUAUGUAUAAGCGCGCAUGCAUCCGUGUAAAAGCAGCGCGCGUGCACGCGCUGCCGCACGAGCGGUGUCGCGAGAUGGGGGCACGCGCGUAUAUAAAGUAGCAGCGGUCCUAAUUGAUAGGUCGAGUCCCAAUUUCGGGUCAAGUAUACCGUUACACCGUUUUUUCUACCGGCUAAACCGGCGCAACCACACGGCGCGCCCUGAGUGCAAUUUUAUUGUUCCACUGUGAGGAUCAGUUCACUUCUCCGGUGUUUAGUGUUCCGCUGACGAAAUUGGGGCAAAAACAUCCCACCGAGCGCGCGCCUUUUGCUCCAUCGUCUUCAGAGAAGACGACGGCACACCGGUGCAAAUUUAAGUUGUGAUUAUAUGUCCGUGUUUCAAGACAUGAUAUUACACGUGCAGGGACUUUGUUCUAAUUUACUUCAUAACGUUAUUUUUAGUUCCGACGUGUCUAAUAAUAGCUGCGCAAUGACAUUAACACGUUUUCACGUUCAAUCCUAGAGCUUUAAACAUGAAUAAAAUUUUGCCGGCCCAUUAAGGGGGACUCUACUUUACAAGGUCGGAAAAAGUCGAUUUUUUUUCUCAUAAAUUGAUAGUACAACUGUUUGAGAAUAUGUUUCUAAAAUUUUAGAGCGAAUUUUGAAGUUCUUCAGUAGAUUCAGCGCUUAUAACUGGAGCGGCAAGCCGAUCGCAAGCAGACACAAUUCUUAUUGCGACAACAAAUCAGAAGCAUCAGUGGUGCUAUUGACGCUUCUGAUUGGCUGUCGCAACAAGAGUUGCAAUCGACUUGCAACUAAUGUAGAACGAUCUUUAUGUAGAUGGGGCUUUAUGCGGAGCGCGCUCCGUCUCUCGAUUAUUUCUUUUCAUUGGCUCAUUAUAUGUUCGUUAAACGAAUAUGAGUCAGCGUUUAUAUAUACCUGGUUUGAAAAUUUGUUUGUACAUAUAAAAAAAACACAAGUUUGGCGGUAAAGGAAAGCUGACAGACGUUCUAAUAAAAAAGUUAACUACAUAUUACGGGUUUGCGAUAAGGAGAAAUUUAAAUUCUGUAGCUGACAUGAAAAAAACGAUAUGGACAACGUUAGAACAUUUAUGUUCAAGGAAUGAAAAUUCGCGGCACGAUAAAUAUCCGACCGGAACCGACAGUUGGUGCCAAUAUCGAAAGUAUGAGGCGAUGGGUACAGUGGAAAACUAUGACCAUCCCCCUCCACUCCACUCAAAUAUCGAGAAGCAUUUGAUUUCUAUUUCUAUUUAUAGAGAUUUAUCAAAUGAAAAUUUGUUAACGAGAUCUCUGAGUGGACACACCCAAAACGCUAACGAAAAUUUCAACUCGACCAUCUGGAGAUUGGCGCCAAAGCACCUCAAUUGCGGUGCAAAAAUAAUUGAAACAGCCGCUUUUAUUGUCGCCGGCAUUUUCAACGAGGGAUAUUUUGCCAUUUUAAAAUUUAUGAAUGAAUUAGAAAUUAAUAUUGGACCGGAAUGUAAGCAAUAUGCAAAUAUGUAUGAUACACAGCGAAUCUCUACGCAAGAGCGUCGACGAACAAGUAGCACGAGAGAGGCCCAAGCAACUCGUAGGAUGGCUCAAAUUGCUCAAAACGAAUUUAAUGAGGAAGCUGAAGGGCUACUGUAUGGCUCUGGAAUAGCAGAUUAGCUUCUGAGCACUGAAAGUAUUCAAGAAUUAUACCGAAAACUUUAAACGCGUUUUUCUCAAAAUCUGUUUCUUGCAUUUUCUUCAAUUUUAUAUACACGAUUAACAAAAAAUUUGACGAAUCGACUUUUUAUAAAGCUAAUUAGUUAGAUAAUGCUAAACCCUCCUCGAUGAACUUAAAAAAGUAAAAAAAGAAUUAAUAUUAACUAUUUCUUUUUUGCAUAAAGAAAUGGACACUACAUGGUGAAAAUCGUAACUUUAUCUUCAAAGUCGCACAAAAUUUUAAUUUUUAUAUAUAUUUUUUAAUUUUAUAGGUUCAUUUAGGAUAAAAUUAUAUAAGAAUUGAAAAUAUUUUUUCCAUUU